AUGGGUUCUGAAUAUCAGGGGCCAGAGCCUGAGCCUGAGCCAGAGCCAGAGCCAGAGCCAGAGCCAGAGCCAGAGCCAGAGCCAGAGCCAGAGCCAGAGCAGGCGACCGCAGACCACCAUCACCCUGCGUCAUUGUCCGAUCCCCCUCCGCCGGCGUGGUUGGCCGAAGAAGAGCCGCCCAUCGAGGCAGCUGCCAGCGGGGAUGUCAGCGACGAUGAGUUUGAGGCCAACAGCGUCGACUCGGACCUGGUCAGCGUGAGCUCCAGUGUCUACGCGCACACGUAUGAACGGGGUCGCCGCUACCAGUCAUACAAGAACAGCCGUUAUCCAAUCCCAAAUGACGACAUUGAGCAGUCGCGAGAAGACAUGAAGCAUGUCAUGCUCAUGGAGUUGACGGGGGGCAAGCUGUUUCUCUCGCCGAUUGGAGAGCACCCUCAAAAGAUUGUCGAUAUUGGAACUGGUACAGCUGGUGAUGCGUAUCCCAGUGCCUCGGUUUUGGGUAUAGACUUGACACCGAUCCAGCCGCUUUGGGUUCCGCCAAACGUCGAGUUCAUCGUAGACGAUUGCGAAAGGGACUGGUUGCUGGAAAACGUCGACUUCGCGCAUUUUCGAUUCAUGGCCAUGAUUCUUAAAGAUGUUCCCCUCGUUAUGCAACAUGCGUAUGAGAGCCUUCGACCCGGUGGCUGGAUAGAAUUCCAAGAGUUGCUCGGUCGCCCAUUCUGCGAUGACGAUACUAUGAAGGACGACGACCCCUUCAAGGUACUGUAUGAGAUUGCCGGCGAUGCCUACGAAAGACUGGGCCUAAGCACCUCAUUACCCGCAGAGCUAGAGCCCAUGCUCCUAGCGGCCGGCUUCAACAACAUUCACUGCAAAGUAAUGAAGGUUCCCAUUGGCACGUGGGCAAAGGACAAGACGAUGCGACUCGUGGGCUUGUACCAGAAAACCGCCGUCACAGACUUCAUCUCGACUCUGGCCGGAAGGCCGUUUAAAGCGCUCGGCCUUUCGGAAGAAGAGGGCCAAGUACGACUGGCCUAUGCGCGACAGGCUCUAGACAAUACUCGCGUUCACAGAUACUUUAACUACUACUAUUGGUACGCGCAAAAGCCACAGCCAAGUGUGGAGUUUGGUGAGGAGCAAGAGCCGAGUCAAUAUGCUACUGACUAG